AUGGUGGUCUGGGCCGUCCUACUGUCGCUAUGGCUUACCCUGGCGCAUGGGAUGCGGGAUCAUCAGAUUAAGGAACUCCGGCAAGAAACUGAGCGCAUGUUCUACCAUGGCUUCGAGAACUACCUUGAACAUGCUUUUCCUGAAGACGAAUUGCGCCCGCUUACUUGCGGCCCCUUGACCCGCGACGAGACGAAUAUGGAGCAUAACGAUGUCUUGGGUAAUUAUUCCUUGACCUUGAUUGACAGCUUGUCCACUCUGGCCAUCUUGUCCUCGAGUCCUGAGAGUGGUGAUCGGUCUUUUGUACAGUUUCAAGAUGGUGUGAAGGAUUUUGUUCGACUAUAUGGAGAUGGCUCGCCCGGUCCUGCUGGUCAGGGAGAGAGGGCGAGAGGGUUUGAUAUCGAUAGCAAGGUACAGGUAUUUGAGGCUGUUAUUAGAGGACUCGGCGGACUGCUGAGUGCACAUCUUUUCGCCAUUGGCGAGCUUCCCAUCACCGGAUACGAACCCUCGGAACGAGAUGCUGCCUUCGCAGGCGCAUGGGACAAACGCACAUAUUCGAAGAAGGAUCAUGGCAUCAGAUGGGGAAAUGGUUUUGUCUACGAUGGCCAACUCCUUCGAUUGGCUGUUGAUCUGGCAAAUCGUCUUAUGCCGACAUUCUAUACAGAAACCGGCCUCCCGUACCCUCGAGUCAACUUGCGACAUGGCAUUCCAUUCUACGAGAACUCUCCUCUGAAUGUGAAGGCCAAGAAGGCCAAGAAAGACAAGCAAAAGCCCAAAUACUCGUUUUUGGCUUCCUCUGACGAGGUCACGGAGACCUGCAGUGCCGGUGCGGGUAGCUUGGUCCUCGAAUUCACCGUCUUGAGUAGGCUCACCGGAGAUGGGCGGUACGAAGAAUUGGCCAAGAGAGCAUUCUGGGCAGUUUGGUCCCAUCGGAGUGAAAUUGGUUUGGUUGGAUUCGGCAUCGAUGUGGAGUCUGGAAAAUGGGUGGGAUCGUACUCCGGGAUUGGCGCUGGAAUUGACAGCUUUUAUGAAUAUGCCUUCAAGUCUCACGUCCUGCUUUCCCAGGGAGAGCGGCCCCCCUUCAAUUCGGAGAGUCCCUGGGGCAAGCUGGAUGAAUACUAUCUGCCGUUGACGGAUGACCAGCACUCCCCGGAUUCAUUCCUCCAGGUCUGGGAAGACUCGCAUACGUCGAUCAACCGCCAUCUGUACCGAGGCGAGGGCUAUCAGCAUCCCCAUCUCGUUGUCGGAGACGUGAUGACCGGUGCCACGCGCGCAUUCUGGAUCGACAGUCUGAGCGCAUAUUAUCCCGGUCUGCUCGCGCUCGACGGCAAGGUGGAUGAAGCUAUUCAAAUUCACCUCUUGACUACUGCAAUUUGGGCACGCUUCUCUGCUCUUCCUGAGCGAUGGAAUGUCGCUACAGGAGAUAUCGAUGGUGGCCUUUCUUGGUAUGGAGGUCGACCUGAAUUCAUCGAGUCGACCUACUAUAUCUACCGCGCCACCCAGGAUCCUUGGUAUUUGCACGUUGGUGAGAUGGUUCUCCGCGACCUCAAGCGACGUUGUUGGACGAAGUGCGGAUGGGCAGGCUUGCGAGAUGUCCAAACCGGUGAGAUGAUCGAUCGGAUGGAGAGCUUCUUCCUUGGUGAAACAGCAAAGUACAUGUUCCUCUUGUUUACCCCGGAGCACCCGCUGAACAAGAUUGAUGCUCCGUGGGUCUUUUCCACUGAAGGCCAUCCUUUGAUUAUUCCGAAGAAGACCACCUCGGCUCAGUCCCGUCGUCAACGGCAACCAUCGCCGGCUCCAAGUGACAUCGAAGGCACCUGUCAAGCAAUCCCGAGUAUGAACUUUGGCGUGUCAUCAACUGCAUCUCGCUCUGACAUCUUCCACGCGGCCAGCUUGGCACGUUUGCAUCUCCGACCCGGUCGUGGAUAUGGUGGUCCUAUUAUGGAGAACUCACCUGAUCACCCCAGUGUGUCGGUGUCUGAUCUGUCGUCGCCGACCAACUACACAUUCUACCCAUGGACAUUACCACCACAGCUCAUCCCGUUCAACGCCACCAGCGCGCCGAUGGCCAUUCGCCCAACCCUUGACAUUUCAUUCCCAUCUCUCCCCGGUGGAGUCAAUCUGGGGUCCGGAGCCUUGGAACGAGUCCGAGAUGGCAUUUUUGUCAAAACAAUUGGAGGUCUGCGGUUGAGUAUGAUUCAGGAUGUCCCACUUGCAGGCUCUGUCGGAGCCGAAGAUGAUGGAUACCGGGUGCAAGUGGUCAACAACGUGCCUCUGGGAAAGGAUGAGAAGGUAUAUCUCUCGCGCCAGGUCACCUUUGACGUUGUCGAUCCCUAUGACCCCAACUUCACCCGAGUCCGCGACACCGCCAUGAUUGACCUCGUCGUUGACGUUCUCGCAGAGCCCAAUCGCCGACAAAAUGGCUCAGCUGCUCCUGGAGCUGAACAGCCUGCAUCAGAAAGCUCAAACCAUCAAGAAGAUUCAGAGCUUCACCUCGGCCGCCGCAGACCUGCUCCAUCCGUCGACGAAAGUUCCGUCGUCGACCCGCCCGACUCCACCGUAAGGAGCAUGUUGUCGAACCUGGUCAAUUCAUUUUCGUCUCUGCUCCGCGACGAGCCUAGCGAGAACGCUCCUCUUCGGCUCAGUCUCCCUGCUGCUCUUCCUACGGGCCUUGGAGCGGGCCCGCUUCCCGACGUGGACGACGCCCUCACCCUGUCAAUGUUCGGCAAUCCAACUACCAGCCGUCUCUCUUGGUCAUCGAUCUACUUUGCCGGCGACCUUUGCAACGAGCGUAUUCUCCGCGACGUUGCGCAGAGCCACGAGGUUAUCGUCAUCAAACGCGGGGGCUGCACCUUUUCCCAGAAACUGCGCAAUAUCGCCGCCUAUCGAUCCUCGCGCUCGUCGCUCAAACUGGUAGUCGUCGUCUCAUACGAUGACGAGAUCCCAAUUCCACAACCCGCAGAAGCUUCAGAGGAAGACCCCGAGGCACGUUCCAGUACAGACGGCUCCCAACACCCUGCUCCCUUUGCCGCUCUCCGUGCUGAACCAUAUCUCAUUCGACCCCAUCUGGAUGAGACCCAGAUGACUGCUAGUGGUAUCCCGCGCAGCAAACCGGUCAGCCUGCUAAUGGUCGGUGGCGGUGACGAAACUUAUGCACUUCUGCAAGUCGCGACUGGCAUUGGCAUCAAGCGACGGUAUUCAAUGCGCUCUCGGGGGGUGCCUAUUUCAAACCUGUACAUCAUCUAA